UUUAUUAAUCUUCGCAACAGACACUCUGAUCCUGAAAAAGCGUGGAUUUACAUGUCAUUUGAAGUUGACGAUCGUGAGAAAGACCUUCCUUCUGUUUUAGAAAAAUUAGAAGCUAAUGGGUUUUACGCUCAGGAUAUUAGCGAUAAUGAAAUGGCUAAAAGUCACGCGAGGUACCUGGUCGGCGGAAGAAGUAAAGUUGAAAACGAACAAUUAUAUCGGUUUGAAUUUCCUGAGCGACCAGGGGCAUUAAAAAAAUUUCUUUCGGGACUUCGUUCAGAUUGGAACAUUUCAUUGUUUCAUUAUCGUAAUCAUGGUUCAGGUACGUUAAAAUAUAAACCGACCAACGAAGAUCCGCAAUCAACUCGAUUCGCGAUUGAAAGCAUGUCGUCAUCAACAGCAUCAUCUGGUGUUAGUGAUAACGAUGAAACGAGUAUUAAUUUAUUCGAUAAUGAAGAUAUUGUUUUUAAUGAUAACUAUUCCACUACUAUUCACGGUGUUGAUAAAAUAGAUAUAGGGAAAGUAUUAGUUGGAAUUCAAGUACCGCCUCAAGAUUCAGAAGCGUUCGAGAAUUUUAAGAAUCAACUUGGAUAUCAUGCUAUUAAUGAAACUGAAAAUCCUGUUUAUAAACAAUUUUUAAGAUAUAGUCAAGAAGAUAAGAUUUUAAACUUAAGGUCUUGA